AUGAAUGUAGAAAAGAACAAGUUCUUCAAGUUCAUAAAAGAUGGAAAUGCAAGGAUGUUCCUUCAUGAGCUGGAAAGUGGAUACAAAUGGAGGAGAACAAUCAAAGGAAAGAAAGAUGUGGACCUGGCUCUAGAGACCUUGGGAGCAGAGGUGGCCAAAGUAUUUGAUUUCGCUCAUAAGCAUGAAAGAUCUUACAUCAACUCGCUUAAGUCUGCAUUCUGUCCAUUCUUAUGCCCUUAUACUGGGUAUCAGGACGAACUGCUACGGGGAGCUGCAAUAUGGCUGUAUAAGGCAACAAAAAAUGCCGAAUAUUUGAACUACAUUCAAAGAAACAACCGGAGUUUAGGAGCUGUUGAAUCAGACGAUAUAUUUGGCUCCUCCAAACAGCUAGUGUAUUGUGGGGGGGUGACAGUGACUCCUCGCCAUAUUAGAGCAAUAGAAAAGCGUCAGGUUGGAGUAGAUGUUGAAAACAAAUCUAAAUCUGCUAAUUCUGUAAACACCUGUGCAUAUGGAGCAUGUGGAUGGGGCAACAAAACAGCCGAAUAUUUGAACUACAUUCAAGGAAACAGCCAGAGUUUAGGAACUACAUUCAACGAAAAAGCCAAUGCAAAAUACCUCAGCUACUCCAGACUACUAGUGUCUUGUGGGGCGAUGACAUUGACUCCUCGCACGAUUAGAGCAGUAGAAAAGUGCCAGGUGGACUGUAUACUGGGUUCCAAUCCUCUGGAGAUGUCAUACAUGGUUGGGUAUGGUUCCAAGUAUCCACAGCUUAUUCACCACAGUUGUUCAACACCCAGAGGCCAUACAUUUUAG